AUGUGGCACACAAUACAGCACCAGCAAGUUGUGUGCGAAGAUCUUACCUGUGUAUGUGUACCCUGGAAAUCUGUUACAUCAGGACACAGGGCAUCUGGAUAUGUUGUCAAGUCAGUUGAUGGAUCGUGUACUCUGAGUUUACCCUGUGUGAUAGAAUGUAAUGACUUUCCAAACAACCGGCAUGAAAUACCCUCUCCAGCAGUGGCAGAUUACUACACACACCUUCAUGACCUUGCACCCUUCAUACCAGAUAUUGAUGACGGUGCUGGAAUUGAACUCCUGAUUGGAAGGGACCUAGUUACUGCACACCACGUGUUGGAUCAACCUGUUGGAGAAGAGGGACUUCCUUAUGGCCAGAAGUUACCCCUAGUCUGGGUUAUCAUCAGAGAUGUUUGUCUGGGCAAAGUGCAUCAACCAGAUGUGAUUAGUGUAAACAAGACUUCAAUUCUGAUGAAUGGAAGACCCACUCAUUUACUGCCCUGUGGAAAUGAAUACCUUGUGGAAGAGGAGCCUAUCUUUCAACGCUUACCAGGGGAUGAGAAACCAGGAUUGUCGAUCGAAGAUCGUAAGUUCCUAGACAUCAUGGAUACUGGUUUCAAGAGAACCUCUGAUGGUCAGUGGCAAGCGCCUUUAUCUUUCCGUGAUCAUAGACCAGUUUUACCAGAUAACAAGUCACUUGCCCUUAGAAGAGCCAGGUCAUUAGACAUCAGCUUGAGAUGUAACCACCUCAAACGGGAACAAGUUAGAGAAUUCAUGGAGAGGUUAUUCAUGAAUCAUCAUGCUGAGUUAGCACCUGAGUUACCCCUGUCAUUGGAGCGAUGGUACUUACCUAUGUUUGUGGUGUAUCAUCCCAAGAAGCCAGACAACGUGCGUAUAGUGUUUGACUCAUCCGCCAAGUUCCAGGACGUUUCCUUGAAUAGUGUCUUACUUCAAGGUCCGGACUUGUGUAACAGCCUGCUUGGUGUUUUGCUUAGAUUCCGCAGAGAAAAGAUAGCAGUCACCAUGGACGUUGAGCAGAUGUUUCACAAUUUCAAAGUUCCUGAAGACCAGCGUCGUUACCUACGCUUUCUGUGGCACUUGGACAAUGACUUGGAUCAGCCAUUAGUGGACUUUCAGAUGAUUGUUCAUGUAUUUGGCAACAGUCCUUCGCCGGCAGUUGCAACAUUUGGUCUUAGGAAAGUAGUCGAGGGAUCGUCAGAAGAUAUAAGGGAUUUGGUGUGUAACAACUUCUACGUUGAUGAUGGUCUCUUGUCCAGUACAACAGAAGAGGAGGCCAUAAGUCUUGUGCAUUGGACCAAGAAAGCCUUACAAGAUGGUGGAAACAUUAGACUCCACAAAUUUUCCUCCAACAGUAGGAAAGUAUUAGAUUCAUUCGCCCCAGAUGACCUGGCCAAGAACUUGAAAGAUCUCGACUUUGGAUCAAUUGCCCUCCCAAUACAAUGGAGUUUAGGAUUGUUAUGGAACACAGAGAUGGACGAAUUUACAUUUAAAGUUAACCCAGUGGAGAAAGCGUACACAAGACAUGGACUGUUAUCUACUAUAAACAGUGUGUAA